AGCCCGCGUACUGAGUGCUUCGUGGUCUGUGCGCGAAAGUCUGUAUCAGUCCUGCGUGCCCUUUUGUGUCCGCCACAAGUCUCACUCGCUUGGAAUACUUUACUUCGUCUCUUACUUGUUAAGAUGUCGGAGCAAGAGGCCGCCAAAGAAGUGGAAAAGCCCAAAGAGAAAGUAGAGGAGAAGGCGAAAGAAGUGAAGGAGAAGAAGGCAGAGGAGGAGAAGAAGGCAGAGGAGGCGAAGAAGGCAGAGGAGGAGAAGAAGGCAGAGGAGGCGAAGGAGGAAGCCGGGCGCAGUACCCCAGCCAGCUCGGGCACGGCGACCCCGAACCCCCCCGGUCGCAGGAGAAUGGAGACGAUGCUCAGGCCUCGCCCAAACCAUCGAGCUUGAGAGAGCAGUUCCGAAACUUCAGCAAGUUCGGCGACACGAAAAGCGACGGCAAGAUGCUGACCCUCUCGCAGUCCGACAAGUGGUUCAAGCAAGCCAAGGUCAUCGACGGGAAGAAGCUCACCACGACCGACACCGCCAUCACCUUCAACAAAUUCAAGGCAAAGAAGAUCUCAUUCCAGGACUUUGAGAAAUACUUGGACGAGAUCGCAAAGUCAAAGAAACUCGACGCGACGGAAAUCCGGACGAAGCUGAAGGACUGUGGGUCGCCGGCGAUCACUGGCACGACCAACGUGGUGAAGAGCAGCGCCGUCGACCGCCUCACAGACACGAAGAAAUUCACGGGUUCGCACAAGUUGCGCUUCGACUCGACCGGACGCGGGAAGGGAAUGGCGGGAAGAAAAGACUUGCCCGAUAACUCCGGCUACGUGUCGGGUUAUAGGAACAAAAACACUUACGACAAAACCCAUUAAAGAAUAAGUGAAUUCCAUCGGUACAGGAUUUGAUAUUCUGCCUUCGACAGCCAUUUUUUUUUUCUUUUUUUUUAUUCACUUUAUUAUUUUUUUUAUUUUUGGAAAGGCUGAAUAUUUGUAAUUUCUUUAUGAAGCAGCUGUAUUAUUGUCAGUCUAGAUCUGACAUAUUUUAGAAUAGGGAUAUUUCCAAUAUUCUUGGUAAGAAAUGAGAUGUUGGAUGUUUUAAACAAUGAAUAACUAAUGUAAAAAAUAUAUAACUCCUCACGUUGACAUGGUGUUGCCCACGCUGAGUAAAUAAAUGAGUUACAGCAGUAAGCAAAGAGAUAAACAAUUCUACAUUUUCAUUAUAACUGGCGUACAAUAUAUAAUCAAAGCUGUAUUGAGAAAAAUCUGCUUUUUAUAAGAUUUACAGAUCAGACUUAGAAUCGCUUGCGUGUGUCAGCUAAGCCUAAAUUCUAGCGUAAACAUUUUCUUGGUAAAUGACUCAAAUGAUUAAUGAAGAGGCAUCGUAGAAAAAUAUGAAUUUACCAGCUGAAUAUCAAAAUACUUAGGAUGCUUAAUAUCAUUGCCGAUCAUAAUGAUAUGGUUUGUUUGCUUGUAAUACUGCAAUACUAAGAAAAUAACCCAGUACAAAAUAACCGACUUUAUACCUAAGCAAAAUUGGAUCUAAAGAGAACAUAUGAUUUACAUUAGUUUUCAAAUACUCAGUUAAAGCGAUUGAUACUUUCUUGAAUUAUUAAUACUACUUCUCAGAAAGAUGGCAAAUUGAGUAAAUAGUGACUUUUGUAUAAAAAAUCAAUGCUCUUUAUAUACAAGUAGAUCAUAAUAUUGUUUUUUUUCAGUAGCAAAAAAAUAUAAGUAAUAAAAGGAUAGAAAUAUAUAUAUAUAUAAAUCAUGUGUCAUAUAUCUUAUGUAUUAUGAUUACAGUCACCAUUUACCUUUCCAACGCGUCUGAUAAAAACCGUUCUAUUGAGUGCUGUGCAAAUGAAAUGAGGCUACAAAUGAAGGCCAAUAUAACACGUAAAAUUUAUAAUGGGCAGCAAUUUUUGUCUUUCGGUUUUAAAAGGACCUUAGAAAUUCCUUCACUGCACUCUUACCUGAAUAUUCUGAAUAUUAAUGGCUGCUUCUCUAUAAAGAAAAGUAUCUAUAUGUCGGGUACCUGAUGGUUGUUCCCCCACCACAGAACAGGGCAACCUUGAGAACGGAGAUACCAUUUCAACACACACACACACACACACACACACACACACACACACACACACAACACAACACACACACACACACACACACACACACACACACACACACACACACACACACACACACACACACACACACACACACACACACCACACACACACACACACACACACACACACACACACAAGAAUGAAAGAAAAAAAUGUCAUCAGGUUUGGUUACCUUCUGUGGUGGCGGAUAGUGCUAUCAAAAUUCUCAUGGUAUAUACAGAUAAUCUACACUCUUUAGACAAAGAAAGUGACUUAUUAACACACGCGAAGUACAAUAACAGAAGGUAGACAUCAUUCUGUCAUUGUGUAAUAAAGAUUUCAUAUAUAAAAUCGUUCCGAUAAUAAUGUUUUCGUUUUCUGUUGUGUAAACUUUGUUCGUUAAGUUUUAAAGACUGCACAUUUUGAUCAUGGAAUAUUCUAAUUAAAUUAGGUGUAUUUGCUUUCGCUCUGGUGCUGAGGUCGCCCGCUGGCACAACUCUUUUACAGCCUUUCAAGGGUUGCUGGGCUAAGGCAAAGUUUUAACGCAAAGAAAAAAAUAAUAAUAAAAUAAGCCUAUUCUAACAUUAUAGUUAUUUUUCAAAGUUGUUGGAUGCUUUAGAUCUAAUAUGGGUUUUGCAAAUACUACAAAAGACUGUGCUAACUAUUGCCAAUGCGAUAGACAGUAUGCUAAUCCACUGUCUAAUCAGUAUAUUGGUGUCCACAAAGUUGAUGAGCGUGAACUAUAAAUGCUUAAGUCCCAUCAAGAAAGCAAAGCUCUUGCACUCAGCCCAAAAGGUGUAUCCCUCUGUUCCCUUCUCUUAAUUUCUUUAUUCUCUUAAUUAACUGAUUUAUCAUCAUCGUUUCUUAUAAAUAUAUAGAUGUGAUACUUAAUUGAUCUCACGCCUUCUAUCUGUUUCGUUCUGUUUAGAUGUUUUCUAGUUUUAUACAAGAAAGUAAUAAUAUAUAACACAUUUACAUCUAUAUCACAACAUGACUUUACAUGUAUUGGGUAGACAUAGCUUCUGGCAGAUUAUAUGCGUUAUCAUCAGAUUUAUUUGUAUUUUCUUGCUCUUGCUAGAUUAAGUAGAAUCUUCAAUGUCGCAUGGUGUUUUUGCAUAUAUUUUACUUAUGGUCAACAUUGCCAGUUGUUGUCAGCAAGUUUGUCAUUGAUUUGUUUUGUAUCUAUAUAUUUGACAAAAUAUGAUUAUUAUAUGAAUAUGUAAAUGUAGCUGUCUGAACUGAUUUGAUGUAAUAAGAUAUUUCAUCUAACAACUAACA